CCCACAGUUAAAAAAAUUUUGAUUAGUGGCGAGUUGAGAACGAACGCGCUGUGUGGCUGCGUGAAGAGCCCAGAAAUCCUUUUGUUUCAAAAGAAAUCUUAUUCGAAGAUCUCUGAUCCUGGACGGGAUCUUCUAGUGCAAUAUAUAUGUAGACUAGGUAAUUUGCUUUUGGAAAAAUAAGGAUACACUGCCAGGGUCGUCGAUUCUUUUUGCUGUUGUUGUUGUUGCCAACAGAAAACAAGAAAAAGAACAAAAACAAAUACUAAGACGACAAAAAGCGGAGACAAAGAAAAGAACAAAUCGAGCGCGAAACGAAGUCAGUUUACGGAAAAACCUUGAGGUGACUCACUGCCAAUUGGAAAUUGAUCACUGCCUUUACACAUAUCCUUGGAGUUGCCAAAAACGUAAAACAAAAUUAUAUCCGGAAUGCAGUCGUCGGAGAACGAGAUUGGAAUGCUGAAUAAGCAUCGGGAGCACAUUCUGAAAAAUCUAAAUGUGUUGGUUAAAACGACUAAUUACGGUCUUCUGGCUGCCAAAUGCGUCCGAUUGAAGAUCUUGUCCAAUCAGAUGUUAAGAAAUAUCGAGGAUCUAAAGGGUCGACAAUUUAACAUGGCCGACGAUGAUGUGAGUUUGGAGAAUCAUCGUCGGCUGUUCAUAAAGAUCACCAAGCGGGGUCCCACUGCCUACAACCAAUUGAUAACAGCCCUGCAAGAAAUUAACUGUUUGGAUGCGGCUAAGCUAUUAGAAUCGGUUGAUGAUUCCCCUUCAAGGCCACCCAUAAUCUCAAUAAGGGGCAGUCGCAGGUCGGCAGAUAUUGUGGACACCCCGUCAUUGGAAGGACCCUGUUUUAGCAAGAAGACCUCGGACGAACUGCUUGGAGAGCUCAUACCUUACGAGAAUCCCGACGUUAAACCCCGUCGUUUGGUGAAUAAAUCGGACAAGAUUUACACGGAUGAUAAUGUGGGCACAUAUAAAAUGCAAUCCCGUUUCAACCGCGGUAUUUUGUUUAUGGUGAAUAUUGUUGAUUUCCCCGAUCCCAAGCGCAAACGAAAUGGUGCCGAUAUGGACAGCGACUCGCUGAUCCAAUUAUACCACGACUUGGGCUUUACCAUUUUUGCCUUCGAAAAUCUAAGUCAGCAUCAGUUCUUUGACAUUCUGAAGAAGCUCACCUCCUCAGAGUAUGCGCAGAAAACCGAGUGUUUCGUAAUGGCAUUGAUGACACACGGCAGCCGUGUCCGCCAAGUUGAUAAGGUGGAGUUUUUCGAUGGAUCCGUGGUCGAUAUGCAAACGAUCAAGAAUCAUUUCCAGGCCAAUAUUAGUCCGUUUUUGGUGCAUAAGCCAAAGGUGCUACUCUUCCCUUUUUGCCGCGGUGAUCAUCACGAUUUGGGACAACAUGCUAUGAGUCCUUCGAACACAUUGGCUAUGUUGCAUGAAGAGGAGACGCCUGAGAUCGAAACGGAGGGUGUAUCCAACGUUACCGUAAAUGUGCCAACUCUGGCGGACACUCUCGUCUGCUAUGCCAAUACACCGGGCUUUGUUACUCACAGGGAUCCCGAGACGGGUAGCUGGUACAUUCAGAAGUUCUGCGACAUAAUGGCCGAGCAUGCCCACAACACAAAUUUUGAGGAUAUCCUUAAGAAGACGAACGCCUCCGUGGGCAUCAUGCGCACCAAAAAAGGUUCCAUGCAGACGGGCGCCUAUGAAAAUCUUGGCUUCAACAAGAAACUCUACUUCAACCCCGGAUUCUACAGAGAGUAGACCCAUUAGCCACUGACUAAGAUGAAAUCAUUCCCGACCAAAUAUUUGCAUUUUUUAAUACCGUAUUUUAGUGUUUCUAUCGUCGCAUUUAUGUCAAUUUGUUCUCGCGUGCUAUAUAUGUGUGCUCAACUCAAUACUCCUAUUCGGUCUUCGAAUUUAAGUCUUUCUAUGUGAUAAUUGCCACAAAUUUAAGAACAAAAAUUAAGAGAUAUAUAAAACAGCAAUUCCAGUAUAUAUACACAGCCAGAUUUAAGAAAUCGAACUAUUAAGCAAAAUGUUAAGCAGUUUUCCAGUCUGAUUUUAGAGUUUGUAUUAAAUUUACAAAAUAAACAAAGAGUAAAAGUA